AGUUCCGAGUUCCAAGUGUGAGAGAGCUGGGAUUCUGAAAUUUGACUCGUUUUAAAAGGUUUGUGUCGCGUGAAACGACACAAUUGUACACUUAACCGCAUUUGUUUUGUGACUGAAAGAAUAACGUUAAGAUGAAUGCGAUGGCGCGCACCCGAAACGCCACAAAGAUUAGCUCUGAAAUAAACGCAACAAAUUAUUCAAGGAACAUCAUAACUUGCCUCUAAACUGACGUCUUUUGUUGUUUUCAGUACGCUCCGAAAAACUGAGAAACGUCAGUAAUUUUUUUCCGCGUUAAAAAUACAACUACCUGGUUUUGAACGUUAACGUUGCUUCCGUGUUACGACCUGUCUGUUUUGGAAAUGCAAGUUUACUAGACGUGCAUGAAAGCAGCACGAGAAGGAAGCGGAAAGGAGAAGCUGUUGUGGCCACUUUCCACUGAAAAUAGGAUUUAUCCACCGCUGGACUCCUGCCAGCUGUUCAGCAGGUGCGACGCCGCGUCGUCCCGUCCGCCUCCAGCGAUGGACAGCCUGGAGGAGGACCUGACCUGCUCUGUGUGCUACUCGCUGUUCUCCGACCCGCGCGUCCUGCCGUGUUCCCACACCUUCUGCAAGAACUGCUUGGAGAACCUGCUGCAGGUGUCCACCAACUACUCCAUCUGGCGCCCGCUGCGCCUGCCCAUAAAAUGUCCCCACUGCCGCAGCGUGGUGGAGCUGCCGCCGAGCGGCGUGGACGCGCUCCCGUCCAACGUGUCCCUGCGAGCCAUCGUCGAGAAAUACCAGAGGGACAGCGAGCCGCGGGCGCCGUCCUGCCAGGAGCACCGCAGGCAGCCGCUCAACAUGUACUGCGUCCAGGACCGGCAGCUGAUCUGCGGCCUGUGCCUGACCGUCGGCCAGCACCAUGGCCAUCCCAUAGACGACCUGCAGGCGGCCUUUGUCAGAGAAAAACAAACCCCGGCGCUGCUGCUGGCCAGGCUCUCGGAGCAGAAGUGGAGUCAGGUGUGUGAGCUGGGGGAGCAGCUGGAGCAGGAGAAGGCGCGCUGCGACACUCUGCUGAGGCAGGACCGGCAGGAGGUCAACCAGUUUUUUGUCUCUUUAGAGGAGGUGCUGGCCAGGAAGAAGCAGGCCUACCUGGAGGCUCUGAGCGAGGCUGCUGCAGAGGUGGCUGCGACCUACGACCCCCUCAUCCACACAGUCAAGGAGCUGCAGGAGGAGCAGUUGGACCUGGUGUCUCUGGGCUCGUCUGUGGAGGAGGAAGACUCCCCCCUGGUGUUUUUGGAGAAAGUCCAUCAGUUCAGAGAUCGGGUGGAGAAGUUCAUCAGAACCCCGCUGCCCUCCGGGAUCAACCUGUCGGUGACGCCACGCGCAGCGGCUUACCUGCAGCAGAACUGGCCCGCGGUGACCAUCAGCAGCCUGGAGCAGGCGCCGGUUCCCAAGCUGUGCUGCUGCACCAGAUGCGACGGUGGCGUCGGCACAGAGGCAGACCCGCCUGUCCCACCUGCCUGGGACAGGUGGCGCCAGCUGAAGCCCACCGCUUCGGUGGCUCUGCUGGGCCUGCUGCUGCUGCUGGCGGCGUUGUGGGCCAACCCCGUCGGAGGCGCGUCGCUCGGGUUCUCCCUCCUUUCCCGCCUCAGUCAGCUGGCCCAGAGUCUGAGCGGCAGCCUCGUCUCGUCCGUGUGGGACACAAUGGAGGCGGAGUGCGCAGAGAUGGGGGCUGCAGUGCAGAGGUGGAGCUCGCAGCUGUCUGUCCUCAGAGACCGAGUUGUUCAGCAGGUGGCUGCUUUACUUAAAACGUCGACGUCUCGCUGAGGAAGGCCGAACUGGAAACCAAACUGAACGUGGAGGAGUCUCUUUUCCCCAGUUCCAAAGAACCAAAACAGCCUCACUUUUGUUACUUUCUAAACAUCUGCUAGUUACGAUUUUACAUUAACAGGUAUGUUUGAAGUUUCACAUAAAAAAAUAGAAAACUACGUUGCGUCCAGCCUAAACAGCAACAAGGAUUUUUGUUUUUUUUGCCUUCUCAGCGAAACAGGAAUUUAAUUAAGCCAGAAUCUCCUCUGCUCAUUUCCUGUCAGCACACUUAGGAGAUGAAGACAAUCAGAGGAGAAAUGCUGCAGCAGGUUUCACGUUCAUUUCCUGGGUGUUUCACUCUAUAAUCACACAUUAUGUAGCAAUAUUCAUUUUUGAUAAGUGUUACUUUCUUCUCAUUAUAUUACUUCCACUCAUAAUAAAAGAUGCAGAAACUUGCAUCAGAUCUUUCUGACAUUAUUGGACACGUUGCAUGUGCACCUUACCACACUAGACUGUUUACAACAAAUAAUGGAGGAAUGUGUUGCUUAAGGAGUGACUCCCAAUCUGUGCCUUUAAUUAUCCUGCCUCCCCGUUUCUCCCAGGACCAGGACUUUCAAGGAAAUGGUGCAUCUUGAAAAUCUGCCUCAGAACAAAGUCCAUCAUGGCGCCUUGUUUACCAUGUUGGUUUGAUGUAAACUGGGAUUUUGAAAUGUGGCAAAACCACAGCACACAGCCCUCUGAAACAAAAUAAAUGUAAACUGUAAAAAUUU